AUGAGCUCUGUGGAGGAGGUUGAUUCCCUGGCUGAGUGCCUCUACGCAAAUCCAGACCGGUCAGCGCGGCAGCAGGCCCAGGAGCGGUUAAGCACCCUGACGCACGAGAACGCCGACGUCGCCCCUCUCAGGGCGAUUUUUGGACAGUCGAGCAAUCAGUACGCACUGCUGUUUGCCGCGCAAGGCGUGGUGACGUGGUUCAAAGCCAACAGCAAAUGGCUCUCCGAGGAGCAGCGCUAUGAGGUGGUGGUGCAAAUGUGUGGUGGUUGCGUCCAGCGCGUUAGUCUCGCCGGCGCGCCGCGACACGUUGUUCUCGCCCUCAUGAACGCGUAUGCAAAGCUGACGAAGCUGUGCUUUGAGAAGGGCAAUUUCCUGAUCGAUGCAGCCACCUUUGCUCUGCAGAUGUUGCACGACACCUCGCUGGCGUACAGCCGUCACGUGAGUCAAAAUGGGGGCUGCGGCACUGUCGGUCCUGCAGAGUCGAAUGCGCUUAGUGGCAUCGGCGGUGGUUGUGGCAGCUCAGGUUCUACGCCGCUGCCGGCGGGCUCCUCCUCCUCCGGAGCUGGCGUCACUGUCACGGUGGGCUACAGCCUCAUUAAUCGCUCACGCCUGCCGCACAUGGCGCUGAACAGCGACGACGAGCGCAGUCGGAUGUACUACAUUGCCCUGGUGCUCCUGACGACGCUGGUGAACGAGUUUAGCAAGUACGACUCCUCGAAGCAGCAAACGUACAUGAACUUCUCCACGCACCGUCGCUGCAGCAACAACUUCCGGGACGAGUGUUUGCUGGACAUCUUCACGGCCGCCAUCGCGGAGCUGGAGGAGGUGAACUACGCCUCCGCCACCACCACAGAGGUGCUGGAACUCGUGAAGGACGUCAUGACGUUCGACUUUAUGGCAAUCACGGUCGACGAAACAGAGGAGGCGUUAUCGGCGCAGUUCCCGAGCACGUGGAAGGAGGUGCUCCUCGCUCCGCGUACGCAGCAGAUCUUGUGGGGCCAACACGCUGCCCUGCCUUUCCCGUUUUGUGAAACGCUGCUGGUCGCCCUGACGAGCCUGUGCGGCGUUCGCCGAACUUUUUUUGAAUCCACCGACGACCGCGUGCACUACCUCGAUGGCACUCUGGGCUACUUGGUGAACACCAUGCAGCUCACUGACGGGCGGCUGAAGGUGCCGUCGUACGUGUCGGAGUUAGGAGAGGCGUGCUAUCGGCUGGUCGCCCCGUUUGGGUACCGUGAUCUUCAUCUGAGCAGCGCCUUCCAGCCGUUCAUCAACGGUGUGCGCGCCGUCUCACUCGACGUGUUUCGCAUUCCGUUUGGCCAGCCCGGCUCCUUCACCACCGCUACCACCCUCCUCAACUUCUGGAGCCGACUUGCCACCUCGCGGCGCACGUUUAGCUUGUCGGAGGACUCCCCCAAGGACCUGGAGCUGUUUUCAUCGGAUCUGGUGGUGUGCUUCUUCGAAUCCCGAAUGCAGGGGUCGAGCAGCAGCGGCAGCAGCAGUAGCAGAGGCGGGCAAGGCCCCAGCAACGGCGGCGGUGAUAACACCACCAGCGGCGGUGGCGGUAAUGCCGUCGAGUAUGCCAUGGAGGAUGACGAGGAUUUCGAGGCCACCAUGGACUCCAUUUUAGCGCAGACGGAGGCUAUUGGCAACCUCGCCGUGCUGGAUCAUGCGCGGACGAUGAAGCUGCUCGCUGACUACGUCAACCACACCUUGGGCCCGAGCGUGCUAAACAGCGCGAGCGCCACGGCGUGGCUCUUCUACCUCGCCGCCGGGCUUGUCCGUCACGUGCUGAGCGCGGUGGAGGAGCCUGCGGUGGAGCCGUGCUCGAUGUUCUUCGUCUUCUGCGUGGACUGCGCGAAUCAUCGCCGCAGCAGCGGUGGCGCCGUGGUGGGCUCUCCGUUGUCCAGCCCUUUUGUGGAGCGAGCCCUACUGCACUUUCUGACCAUGACGCAGAGCGUUCUCAGCUCUUCGCGCCUGCACGAGGCCCUCAGCACCGUCGUCACAAACGUCUUUCAGUCGCGCACCGCCCUCUUCCAGUUUAUCCUGAGCAACACCGGCCACAACAUUCUGCGCGGUGUGAACGGCAGCCACGACGGGGAGUCGGCGCAGAUCAUCCGUGAGUCGAUUGAGCUGAUCCGCAACGCGUGCAUGGAUGUCCCGAGUUCGAUGCUGGCGGAGCUGCACCUGGAGCUGCCCCCGGUCGUGGAGUUGCCGCUCGCGCAGUCGCCGCAGACCUACAAGCUGCGCACGAAUCUGUAUGCGAUGCUGUGGCGACUGUCCAGCUCCACGCCCUACUCCACCGAUGCCCUCGUGGCUUUUCUGCAGCCGAUUGAGCUGUGUAUCCAGAGCACCCUCAGCGGCGGUGGCGGCAACGAUGCCCUCUACACCGCUGGCUGGAUGCGCGACCUGCGCGGCGUCGUCUUAUCCUUGCGCGACAUCGCGGACGGCCUGAGCGACUUCGUAGAGUGGGUCUGCGAUCGCGCCAGCUCCUUUCACGAGUGCCUGAAUCGCCCGGCUGCGCAGAGCAGCAUGGUCAUCGUCUCUUUUCUGCGCUUCUUAGAGGAGCUGGUGACGCACAUCGGGGGACGUUAUACGCUGCCCUGCUGCACCGCCCACAACUCUUGCGGUUUGCUGCUCUUUCGCCACAUCUGCACGCUGAUGCAGUCGGUGAUUGAGCGCUGCGUCACCGAUGAACACAUCCAGCGCGUCACGAGUCAGGGCAGCGGUGAGAUGGCCGACGGUGCGUACGAGAUGAUGCUGAAGCCGCUGGCCCUGUCCUUCAGCGUUCUGCGAAAGUGCAUCCAGGGCGGUUUUGUACCAUUGGGCGCAAUGUAUUACUACAGCGACGAUACCUACGACAACAUGCUGCUGGGGAUGCUGCGCAUGAUGGGCGUGUUCCCGUUUAUCUACUUCAAAGAGUACAGCAAGGUUUCGUACGCGGUGGUAAACAUGCUUCGCACUGUCACGGAGGAGUUCGCAUUCCUUCCGCUGACGAAGCUCGACGCGGGUGAGCUGGAGAAGGUAAUCUCUUUUGUUGUCUAUCUGUGCGAGGACGUGGACACGCAGACCGGCACGCUGCUACACGGACUGUCUUUCCUCAGCUUCAUCGCGGGCCUCAUUCGAGAGGUGAAGGCGCUCUCGACGCAGGCCGUCUCGCCGGCGAUGGACGCGCGCACGCGGGGUAUGUCGGGCACUCCACCCCCCUCUCCGAUGCAGCUGCCCUCGUUCUACGCGAAUCCCUCGGGCAGGCUCUCCGGCACCCCAGGCAGCAUUGGCGGUCGUAGCGGCGGCGGCGCUGGCGGGCGCUCUGCUGGUCCCAACCCACCGCGCUCGACGCGCCUCGCACGGGAGGCCCUGGCGCGGACGUUGGAACCCUUCAGUAGCUUGUGGGAGCGCCUCAUUUCCGUCGCCAUGAACGUCAUUGUCUGCCAGGAUCGCGCGCUCAGCGUGAGUUGUGCGGUGGUGUACCCCAUCUUUGAAACCCACCCACCGUUCUGGUUCUCGUUUGUGGAGAACUUUGUGCGCACCUACCCCGAUCGGAAGCAGAACACCGUUCGUGAGGCGUUGUCCACGCUGUCGCACGCCGCAGAGUCACAGGACAAAUUCUUCUCGGAGGUCUUCACCUUCCGGCAGGCGAUGCGCAACCUUUAA